CGCAGGCAUGAUAAGGAGGGAGAUAUGAUUGUUUUACAUCAAGUUCUCCAGGGAUUGUUGAAUCAUGAACAACAAAACAACUGUAGCUGGCAGAGAAGACACAGGGGCUAAACCACACCAUUCAAUUGAAUUGAAUACAGAACAAGACAACGACAUUGAUACAACCAUGAAUAAGGCAACAUGAAGGAAACAAGCAUGCAAUUGCAAGAGGCGAGGCGAAGGUAGUCGAUUCGCAAUUGACUUGGUACUUAGAAUGGUAGCUAAUUGCCAUUUGUAUUGAUGCAGUAGCAGGAGAAACACUAUAGGGCAGUGUCACACAAGUUAAGAGAUGACCUUUUAAGUUGCUAACUCAAAACGAAUCCUACAGAAAGGGAAGCUGCGAGGUAAAGAGAAGGAACUAAAUCUUUUAGGUUCACAUUGACAUAAGCUUCGGGCCGUUGUCUGGCAUCCCCAUCCCACCUGCUAACUCGGCAUCAAGUUGAGUGUGAGGUUUAGGUCCAUUCAACAUCUUCACCCUGCAAACAUCAAUGGUUAACAUCAGACGCUGUCACAACCUGGACAUGCAUGAAAGUAAACAUGGCAUGUAUAUGCAACAACAACAACAACAAAAAAGCAAGGGAUGCAUGGUUAACAACAAUCUGGGAGAGGAAAAGGUUAUGUUCAUCUUAAUGUCUUAUUCAUCAUUGUUCAAAGGAAUAUACAAGCACUCUGAUCCUCUAACUCAUGCCUAGGUCAGUCCCCAAAUGAAUUUGUCUAUCGAAAGAACUUGCUGAAAUUGAAGUCUGAUAAUACUAAACAUAACAUUACAUCGUACUGGUUGUCAAUGUUGAGCAUACCACUUCGGAUACAAGUACAACAUGGCUGGUGCCUAAUGUUUGUGCCAAACAAAACAAAAAAUGGUCCUAAUAUCUGAACAGAAUGAGUUCAUACUGGCUAACAGUAUAAGACUUGGAUACUUAAACGCCAAUUGGUACCAUAGAAUUUUCAUCAACCAAGAAAGAAGAAGCUAAAGGGCCUCUAGUAGAAGCAUAUGCUUUUUGGCUAGACACUAUUAUGCUACAAACAAUUCACUAAGCAGAUCUAAGCACAAUGGAAGAUUCGCAUGACGGCAUGAUUAACCUUUCGUCUAUAAAAUGUGCCUGACUAAAGAACACUAUGAACACCAAACAUUAUGGGCAAGGUCACAACAGUCACUUACCGUCUCCUAUGCUUCUUGGUCUUGAAAUGCUCGUCUCUCACAGUCACGUUUGCGAAGAAUCGGCUGGAAAAAGUGAUAAGAUAACACACCCAAAUCAAAACAUUGGCCAAAUCAUGGAACACCAAAGGACGAAAACACAGUCCAGAUUGCUCUUAGCAAAGAGGGAUAGAUCGAACAGAAAUCUAUGUCUCCGCCCCUUUGCACAAAAUAACAAAGUCCCAACCUUUCACUUUAUUCAACAACGGGCAAACCAAUUUAGAAUCCCCGGGAUUCAUUCCUCUAUCCUUAUGUAUGAAUACACAUCAAAGUACAAACUUUCAAUAAAAAGCUCAUCACUUUGAUCGAAACAGCCGCCAAACAGCACAAGAAAACCGAAAUCGCAUGCCCAGUAAUAUAAGUUCAACCAGAGAUGGAGUUUACUUACUCGCAGUGCAAGCAGUAGUGCUGGCCCAUGCCGGGCAAAUCCUCGUCGAAGGGCAUCGGUUUCCUAACGCCGUCGGGCUUCUGCAACUGGUCGUAGACCGCGUCGUCCCCCAUGAGUUCGAAUUUGGUGCGGCGAGCCUGCUUGUGAGAGAACCUUCUCUUCUUCACCUUCCUGCUGGGACACUUGCCACCCAUUUUUCUCUCUUCUACUUCUCUCUCGGAACUUGGUUGGCCGGCUUUGUGUGGGAUUUAGCGCCGCCGCGAAAGAUACAACCCUAAUGCUAGACGAUCGAUGGCAAAGGAGGCACUAGAACUUCAAAGGGUCGGUUGGAGAUAGAAUCGACGUCGUAUUGCUGAUGCUUGAAGCUGUUGGGCCCAACUUGUGCUCUUCAGCUCCUUGGACAAAAUGCGUUUCUUAUUGGGCUCUUCUUCAGCCCAUUGGGCUUGCAAGAAUACCGGGCUGUCCUCUCCCGUCAAGGAAGUCUAAUCCAGCGUGCUCUCUGUCCGCCGCCGGGCAGAGGAAUCGCCGCCGCCGCUUUCCUGCUCCGAUGGCUUCUUUAAUAUCGUAAAACCGAAAAUGUAUUUUUGGUGAAAUUUUAGUUUAACUGAAAUUUAACUGCUUCAUACGAUAAUAUUGUUUAUUGAUUUAAGUUCUAAUUGACAAUAUUUUCGAUCAAACCUUUAAUAUAAUACGGUUUCUCAA